AGUGGUAAAGGUUUGUGCAUUACGCUCCUGAAUGGUCUUGUGAACAGGUCUUGUGAACAGGUCUUGUGAACAGGUCAACUUUCAUCUCUCGUUUGAACAACGUUUGUGUAGUGAUGAGGUGGGUGGCUUUGGCGUUGUUGGUGGGCGUGGUGGGUGUAGUGGCCGGGAUCCCCUACGUCCACAAUGUUGAUAGCGGCGAGGGUGAAGUGUGGGCGGUUUUGGUGGCUGGGUCGUAUUCCUGGAUGAAUUACCGCCACCAGGCAGAUGUGUGUCACGCCUACCAGAUCUUACAUCAACACGGUGUUGCUGACGACCACAUCAUUGUUAUGAUGUAUGACGACAUCGCCAACAGCAAGGAGAACCCUCACCCUGGACAGAUCAUCAACCGUCCUGGAGGUCCUAACGUGUAUCCUGGCGUCCCUAAGGAUUACACCGGCGCCAACGUCAACCUAGACAACUUUCUGAAGGUGCUGAAGGGUGACUCUGAGGGCCUGAAGGGUGUAGGAUCCGGUAAAGUCCUUAAAAGUGGUCCCAAUGAUAGGGUGUUUAUCAAUCUAGUCGAUCAUGGCGCCCCAGGACUCUUUGCUCUCAUUGGUGAUAUCCUCACCACCACCAACCUGACCGAUGCUAUCUUGUCCAUGCAUCAUAAUAAGCAGUACAAAGAGCUGACCUUGUACGUUGAGUCCUGUGAGUCAGGUUCACUCUUCCAAAAGUUGCCUCAUGAUAUUAAUGUAUACGCCGUGUCAGCCUCGAAUGCCACUGAAAGUUCCUACGCCUGCUACUUUGAGGCUGAGCUGAAGACCUUCUUGGGUGACGUCUUCAGUAUUAAGUGGAUGGAGGAUACUGACAGGGAGAACGUGGCGAAGGAGACCCUGAAGAAGCAAUACCAUGUGGUGGAGAGUGAGACGAAGACCUCACACGUCCUCCAGUGGGGACAGAUAUCCAUCGACACAGAGAAGGUCGGGGCGUUCGUGGGGAGCUACAAGACAGGCGGUGAUGGGGGUGACGUGUAUGGCCCCUUCCCUCCCAUCGCCGACCCAUGCUUGAAAUCAUCCAUCACCAGCCCAGACGUCCCCCUCGCCCUCAUCCAGACGCACAUCCAAGACUCUCAGGGCCUGAUUGGCUCCACCUUCUGGCACCAGGAGAUGGAUGAACUCAAGAAGAAUCGUACCUUCGUCAGAGACACAAUGCAGAAGAUUAUCCAGCAGGUGACCCGAGAUACUGAGGUGACGACUAGGUUAAUGACUGACCACCACAAUGUGAUCUUUAACCACGAGUGUUAUGAGUCCAGUGUUAUGACCUUCCAUAACCUCUGCUUUAACCUGGGUCACAACCCUUACGCCUUGAGGGUAGUCUACGCUUUAGUGAACCUUUGUGAACACGGAUACACUGCCCAGGAGUUCACUUGCUCAGCCCGGGCCGUGUGUGACUUUGAACCUGUCAUCGGUAUCAAUUAGAAGCUGUUGGUGAAUGAAGAAAACCUCAGUGAAGAAAGAAGGAAUAUAACAGUAGAAAAUGAAGAAAAAACAGUGAAGAAAGAAGGAAUAUAACAGUAGAAAA